CGUUUAAACUGCUGGAAAUGAGGGGGAAGAAGAUGAAGAUAACCCGGAAGAGAGGGGGACAUGUGCCCACGUUACACAGGCUGUUUAAUAUUAGUACUUUAAUAUAUUAAAAGGUGGAAGGAAUGAAACCUGGAGAUCUCCUGUAGGUCGUUCAAGACUCUGUUAGAAGAUGUUGAGUGAUUCUGAGGCUGCAGAGCUGCUCUCUUUCCUGACCCCCACUACACGUCCUGAUGUCAAAAACCAGGCCAUAGAGUACAUCCUGGGACUGUCUGGACACAGGGAUGGCUGCCGCUUCCUCCGCUCUAAACCUGAAUUACUCGCUGCCCUGUUUGCUCUGACAUCCGACCACUCUGUUGCUAUCGUGAAGGACUGUUACCACAUCCUCAUCAACCUGUCAGCUGACGAGACUCUGCACCAGGUCCUGGUGGCAGAUGUCAAAGUUCUUCCAGUGUUGAUAAAGAACCUUCUGGAUCCAGAGUACCUGUUCUCAGAUCAGAUCUGCACCAUCCUGUCCAACCUGACCCGCCAUGAGAAGACCUGCAAGACUGUGUUGAAGGUUGUCCAGGAGGGGGUCAGUCUGGCUCAGCUGGUGGAGAUCUUCUGUACUGAAGGUUACAACAAGAAGGCUAAGCUCCACUACCUGGGUCCUCUGCUGUCCAAUCUGACGCAGCUGCCUGAGGCCAGAAACUACAUGGUGGACAAAGACAGGUGUGUAAUCCAGAGGUUGCUGCCCUUCACUCAGUACCAGGCAUCUACUGUGAGGAGGGGUGGAGUCAUAGGCACCCUGCGCAACUGUAGCUUUAACCACGCCCAUCAUGAGUGGUUGCUAAGUGAUGCCGUGGACAUACUGCCCUUCCUCCUGCUGCCGCUGGCCGGUCCAGAGGAGCUGACUGAGGAAGAAAAUGAUGGUCUGCCUGUGGACCUGCAGUGGCUCCCAGAGGACAAGAAGAGAGAAGAAGACCCCGACAUCAGAAAGAUGCUGCUGGAAACACUUUUACUGCUGACAGCGACCAAAGCCGGCCGGCAGACACUGAAAGACAAGAACGUUUAUCCGAUCAUGAGAGAGUUCCACAACUGGGAGAAGGACGUCCAGGUUACAGCAGCCUGUGAGAAACUGGUCCAGGUGCUGAUAGGAGACGAGCCGGAGCAGGGGAUGGAGAACCUGCUGGAGGUGGAGAUUCCUGAGGACGUGGAGGAGAAACUGAAGGAGGCUGACGUCAAAGAACAGCAGGAGCUGGAGAGAGAGCAGGAGAGGAUGAGACAAGAGGAAGAGGAGGAGAAGAAAAAGAAGAAGAUUGAUGCAGAGGGGACAGACAAAGGACAGGAGGACGGACUGAUACGAUAAAUCCUGUUUAUAGACCUGGAAUCUGUAACAUUUGUGGCUUUAUCUGCUGUUGAAGUGACGUCUUCUUGUCAUUCAGUCGUGGAUAUGUUAGAGCCACAGUGAGCUUUUAUCACUGAUGGAGUGCUGAGUGGAAAAGUAAGUGAUGAUAUAAAGGACAAGUGUUUUAUGUUCUGUCCCUGCAUCAGUGAUGGAUUUUAAAACAUAAUUCUUCUGGUAAAGCCUUAAUUAAUGUUGUGAAAGAUAACUUCUCUCUUCAGUUUCAUCAUCUAUUACAAGGCUUGUAUGAAGGUGUUUAGAAAAUCCGAUGGUAUCAUUGUCAGCAUCGUUAAAAAAAAAACAGACUCUCCUCUUUCUGGUGGAUCGAUCAUGUAGACUCUUAGAUGACUGGCUGUCUGUGUCUCACUCAGUUGAGUCACAGUGCACAGAUCUGAUUGGCUGAGUAGAGACGUGUGAGGUGAUUCUAGGUCACUAAACUUGUGCUUUGAAGGCUAGAAAACCUCCAAUGACUUCUAUCAUCAGCAGCUCAUAUACCUGUGGAAGGAAGGUAUUAAAAAUAGAUACCACCCAGCCUAUGUCUGACAGCGAUGUUCAAGGUUUAGUCAGUGAUUCUAAUCCAAUACACUUUUUAUUAAAUUCACCAGAUAUAUCCUCACGGUCUUCGAGCUGUCGGUUCUGUGUGCACUGAAAGAAAAUCUGGUAUUUGCACACAGCCCUCUUUGUAAUGGGACACAAACAAAGUUGUGCACAGGACAGGGGGGAAGGGGAGAUGGGUGAGAGGGGGCAGUUAGAGCAAGAAGGACGGUAAAUGUGGCAAAUCCUAAUGUGCUGAGCUCCACAAGAUGGCCGUUGAGUUCAAAUACCAACAAUUCUUCUCCUGAAUCGCUGACUCCACCUUUUUAAUUAGGGUCUCUCAUGUCCAAAGAAAUCAUAUCUUGGAUGCAUCUGACGUGAGAUUUUAAGGACUUUUUCUGCCCUUUUUGAAAAACCCUAUUCUGUACGGAACUGCUCAUUAAAACCCUGAUGUAUCACAAUCAAUUAUUUCAUCCAUUAAUUUACCUGUGAUUUGUGGUUAAACUAAUCAAUACCUGCACUGAAUAAGAAACCUUUCAACUUUUA